AUGAUGGCUCUUCCGAAGCAGAAAGUGGUGGUUGUGGGUGCUGGCCCGGUGGGGUCUCUAGCGGCGCUGUAUGCUGCUUCACGAGGCGACGACGUCGAAGUAUAUGAGCUCCGUGGAGAUCUCCGGGAUCCUACGACUGUGCCCUUGAACUUCACCAAGUCAAUCAACCUGGCCCUGUCGGAACGUGGAAUCACGUCCAUGAAACAUGCAAACCGCUCUGGUCUCGUCGAGAAUGUCCUCCGUGAAGCAGUCCCAAUGCAUGGACGAAUGAUCCACGGCCGAGACCGGGGUGAUCUGUGGGAAGCUGCACAAGCCUAUGACGUUCAUGGCCGGGCAAUCAAUGCCAUUGACCGAGGAACACUCAAUAAUGCGCUGUUGGAUGAGUUGGAAAAAGCUCCCAAUGUCAAGCUAUUCUUCAACCACAAGCUGACUGGUGCGGACUUCCGCACCAACAAAGCUUGGUUCGAGCGCCGAAUUCCAGGCGAUACGCCCAUGGCUGAUGAUGAGGGUGUAGCUGGCAGAGUGCCAGAGAUCGAGGUACCGUUCGACUACCUCAUCGGUGCUGAUGGCGCACACUCCGCCUCGCGCUUUCACAUGAUGAAGUUCGCUCGAGUCGAUUACCAGCAGGAAUACAUCGACACCUUAUGGUGCGAAUUCCGCAUCCCACCCACAGAAGACGGAGACUUCCGUAUCUCACCCAACCAUCUGCAUAUCUGGCCAGGUCGCGAAUUCAUGUUCAUUGCGAUACCAUCUGCGGACAAGUCCUUCACUUGCACGCUAUUUGCACCAUCGUCACACUACACAUAUUUGGAGACUUCACCACAGGACAUACAUGAAUUCUUCGAUUCGCAUUUCCCGGGUGUGAGCCCAGAGUUGAUCGAGCCCGCCGCAUUGAGUGAACAGUUCGCCGCUAACCCGCAUCUGCCCCUCAUCAGCAUCAAAUGCAAGCCCCAUCAUUACAGUGCCAGCACAGUCAUUAUUGGAGAUGCUGCCCACGCAGUGCUUCCAUUCUAUGGCCAAGGCCUCAACGCGGGUCUGGAGGACGUCCGAGUCUUGUUCGAGCAACUGGAUAAACAUGGCGUCUAUGACCCCAACUCCAGCGUGUACACACGCAGCCUUAAACGCCAGGUAGCUUUCCAGGCAUACACCGACCAGCGUUGUGCAGACACACAUGCUAUCAACGAUUUGUCUCGAGAGAACUACUUCGAAAUGCGCGCAGGCGUCAAGUCCCCGCUGUACAAGCUUCGCAAGUCAAUCGAGGAGAUCAUUGACCACCACUUCCCCAUCUUUGGUUGGAAAACUCAAUAUGCUCGCAUCAGCUUCAGCAACCAGCGGUAUUCGGAGGUUGUUAUGGCCGUUCAACAUCAAAGUCAAGUCCUUGGUCUCGGCCUGAGUGGAGCCCUAGCCGCUUGUGCGUGUGCUCUGUCUAUCUUGAUGUGGAAGUACCCUCGAUCUUUCUCGCCGGUGGGAGCGCUUCGGUGUGUACAGCAUCUUGCAUGCGUCGGCCUGAGGAGUAUUCGCAACGUCACUCGCAUGUAA